CCAUAUCACACAAACGCAGCAAAAAAAAGCUGAAGUUAAACUGUUUUCACAGGGUCCAAAAGCUGAAGACACAACCUCAAAACCAAGGUCCAGCAAAAAUAGCUGACAAUACACGCUUGUUUUAUACAAAACACAGCUGUUAAUUGAUAGCAUCGUUUUCUACAGACAGAGAGCAGAAAAUGAGUCAGCACGAGCAGCCAGUUACUCUCCAGGCUCUAAGUGCUGACAACGCAGCCUUGCUCAGAGACAACAGGGACCUCUGGAGAAGGAACAAGGUUCUCCAAAGAGAAAAUGAUUCCUUCCUUACAUACAUCAACAGCCAAUCAAAUUGGCACUCUAGGAACAAGAAAAAAAGGCCCUCCAAAUAGAGAAUGAGGUGUUUUAUGCAGAGAACGAGGCUCUCCACAACAACAUUGACACCCUGGGCAGUGAAAAUGAGGCCAUGUGCAAAGAAAUUGAGGGUCUUAAAAAACAGAACAGUGAGGUGCAGAUUAAAUUAAAUGACUUUGAAAUUGAGAGGACGACCUUGCACCAAAAAAUUGAGGAGCUGAACAUAAAUGUGGCAGAGAAAGAGACCAUGAGGCAGCAAAAUGACACUCUGCAAAAAGAAGUUCUGCAGCUAAAAGACUCACUAUGGAACUAUAAUGUAUUGAAACAAGAAAACUUGCUUUUGAGACAAGGACAUGACAUGCAGCACACCCUUCGGAAACUGAACACAACGUUCCAAACUGAAAAAAACAGCAUGAUACGGCAAAUUUUCAGCCUACAAGAGGAAACGCAACAGCAGAAGAAAAAGUUUCUAAAUGAGAAUGAUGCCAUGAAAAAAAAAAAGUUUCUGCAACAACAGGUUCUGAAGGCAAACAAAAUCCUGCAAGAGUUUAAAGUAUUUGAGCAUAAUUAUUACAUAAUGAAGCAGGAAAGUGAGUCUAUGAGCGAACAAAACAAGGCCCUGGAACAGGAACUUCAAGAGGUCAAGACAAGGUUGUGUAAUGGAGACCAAGCAAUGAGACAAAAAAAUGAGGCUCUUCGAGAAAAAGCUCAGGAGCUGAAAAAUGUUCUGGUGGAAGAGCUCAGAGGCUUCGAACACAACUACAAUGAAAUGAGUCAAAAAAACACGUCUAUGCGACAAAAAAAUACAACCCUGGAACAAGAACUUCAGGAGGUCAAAAAAACUCUGCAAAAACUAAAAGUCUUUGAAGAUCACUGUGAUAUAGUGAAGACAGAAAAUGAGUCCCUGCAGCAACAAGUCCAGGAACUCACCAAAAACUUGCGUGAUGCCCAAGAGGCCAUGAGACAAAAAGACGGGGCCUUGCAACAACAAGUUCAGGAACUCAAAAGUAUUCUGCAACAACUCAAAGCCUUUGAAUGCAACUGUAAUGCAAUGAAGCAAGAGAAUGAGUCAUUGAGUCAGGUAAAUAAGGCCCGACAAGAAGAAGUUGAUAACAGAAAAGGGCCCGUUUGCAGAUGAUCAGCCUAAAGCUGAUCUACAGGAGGAAGAGCUCCAGCAUAAAGUGAAUG